AUGAGACUUUCCACUACUGCCCUUCUCGCCUUGGCCUCGUCGGUGGCCGCCGACAAGUUGUUGACUGCCAUCAACACCAGAUCAGGGGGCUUGUUCCACUUCACCUCGAACUCGAUUGUCGGUGACGAGGUCCACGUCAACGACAAGGACGGCUCGGUCAUUGAGUACCUCAUCAAGGACGACGGCUCGCUCCAAGACAACAAGACCAAGAAGUACCUUGUCCUCAAGGACGACGGCCAUGUCGGUGUCUCCGACACUCCCGACGACAAGAACUGGGAGUUCACUUCGUCGCACUAUGUAUCCCACAAGGACGCUGGCGGCUACCAAGGGUGCCCCAACGGUGACGGCAAGUACUACUUGUACUUGGGUAACGACCAAUGCCAAGGUGGUGGUCCUUUUGCCAUCUACGCCACCGACUUCAAGGACGUCGGCAGCUCUGACGACAACUCCGACGACAAGAAGGAUGAAGAAGAUGACAAGAAGGAUGACCAACAAGACGCCGCUGAUGACAAGAAGGACGAAGAAGACGACAAGAAGGACGACCAACAAGACGUUCAAGACGACAAGCAAGACCAAGAGGAUGACAAGAAGGACGACCAGCAACAAGCUGCUUCUGUUGACGCCAAGGACAACUUUGCCGUGAAGGUCGAUGCUGAAGGCACCGACUUCCAAGACAAGUCCAUCAAGAAGGUUGGCGCUCACCCUCACGUGUUCCUGGUUGGUGGCGACGACGGCCGUGACUUGACUCUCUCCUUGAAGAGCGACGGUACUUUGAUCGACCAGGACGGCCGUGGCAUCUUCGUUGGUGACAACGGCGAUGUCGGUAACGUUGACCCCUUCGGUGAACAACAAGCCACUGGUGGUUUCAGCAUCAGCGACGACAAGUUGGUGUACAACGGCGACCAAGGCUUCUUCGCCUGCCCCGGCGGUGAAAACCAAUUCUCGCUUACCGUUAAGGGUUGGGACGGCUGCACUGGCCUCAAGUUGAAGGUUGAGUAA